AUGUCAGAAGCUUCAAAGAAGGCGUGUGGCUGUAAUUUAAAGGACCGUGAUGCUGGCCCACCACAGCUGGCUGUUGGUCUUCCAUCCAGAAAAGAUGUUACAACAACAUCGAAACAGCCUGAUCUACCCGUUGAUGUUCUACUUUUAACCGUUAAGGACUGUGAGUUCUUAUCCUUAGCCUCCAGCACAAGGACGCAAGGUUAUAUGGGUAGCUUUAGAUCCGUCAGUUGUAAUUCGGUCAUAAAGGUGCGGCUAACAGUACCAUAAGUAUAGGUAAUAGCAUGACUUGUAGUGAUAUUUGGCAUAAAUACCACAAGUGAUAUUUCAAAAUUGUUAUACGUAAUUUCACCAGCCGUUAGGCGAGUGAAAUUUGAGACAAUUUUGAACUAUCACGAGUGGUUUUUAUGCCAAAUAUCACGUACAAAUCAUGCUAUUAUUUGUUUAUUCUAUCACCCGCAAAAGGUUUGUAAUUUCCACCUGUAGGUAUUUCAAAGUAAGCUGAAACACAACUGCUCUAAGCCAAUCAAAUUGCAGAAAUUUCUCAUGUAGUAGUAUAAAAUACUUUAAAACGUCACAAACGUUUACCUUCAUGGCUGGGAUUGGUAACGAAAUAUUUAUGAAAUACACUGGAGUCCAGUUUCGAGUUCCCUAUGACCGCUGAAUGAAAGAAGUGAAGAAGCAUUUUUUACAGGGUUAGCCUCCACCAAAAGUAAAUAUAUUCUCAAAUCCAACGAGAGGGAAGACCUGUUUGUUACUCUGUUUAUUGUGUAUUCUUAAAUUUCAAACACUUACGUGCCAAAAUUUGUGAAUAUUUUAUUUUGAAUGUAUCGUUAAUGUUUGUAUUCAGCGGUAAUUUUGAAUUCGAAAAAGGACUAUUAGCCGUACUGCUUUGCAGUCUCAGUAGGUAGGCUUUUUGACAUCUGUUUUGGGGUACAUGUAUAACUCAAAGUUUUUGAAAGAGUAGAGCAGGUGCCAGUGUUUUUUUCUGGGAGGACGCGCGCGCCCGCGGGAGAAAAGGAAAGGAGGCCUCCUCUCCCCUUCGCGUGUUUUUCUCGAGCGCUUUAGAAAGCGGACCAAAAAAACUAUUACCUUCAUGGUAAUUACUUUGAGUGUUAGUGGUCCGAUGUAUUAGAUCAUAAUGUGACAAUAGGUGUUUAAAGAAUUCACUGCGAUAACUGGUGCACUCUUGACGCCAUUUUCGCGCAAAACUUAUAGAGUAAAAUUGAACAAGAAGCAAACAUGUAAUCGCUAAAAUAAAUGGGAACAUAUGUCUGUGGUGUUUAAGUCUGAUCUGGGAUUGUCUGAAUACGUACGACACAAACAGCUUUCGAUGAAGAUGCAGAACUUUACAGCUGCAAACUUAAGUUAACGGAACGCCAACGGAAUGUGAAAUGAACCUUUUUCGCUUAUAACAAUGAAGUGAUUGGAUAAAACAUGUUCAUUGUAAGAAAGGUUGCUGUCAGCAAAUCAAAAGAAACGGCGUGAAAAUCAUAAUCUGUCGUUGGGAUCUGGCAUCCCUUGAUUCGGUGUUUUCUUGUCUGUUUUUCUUGUGGUGAGUUUACUUCCAGUUUGUAAUCAGAAAGACAUUUUUGUGAAAGUUUAACCGUAAUUAUUGGAAAGAAAGAUUUACACAUGCGUCUAUGCGCAAGGCAAUUAAUUUUUUAGUUUCUUUUAUCCAGAAGACUUGAUUUCUUAAAAAGAAUACUUCCUAAUUCUAUUCCAUAUUUCAGGUGUUUUCACAGCUGCAUUUGAUUCUCAACUCGAGUGGCUCAUUGUUAAAGGGAUAGCUGAUUUUGCGGAUGGUGAGCAAGCGACUGCAGAAAGUUGGGAGGCCUGUGCUAGUAUGAUGGCAGCAUCUCUUGUCUCACACAUUUUAAGUGAUCCUUGUGUUUUCCGCACUUGGCCUCAUUACUCAGGUAUAAAUUCUUGUCAGUUUGGUGUGUGAUGAUUAGGCGCAGGGGUAACAGGCCGAAUUUGCCGUCAGUAAAAGAAGUCUUGAAUGUGCGGUAUUGAGUGAGACAGUGCGGAAGCUCAGAUCCGAGAUCAAAAGGCUUGUCAAUAUUUUUGUCCGUUUUGAGAUUCCGUCUUCAUUGCCAAGCGGCGUGAAAUUAAGAGUUAGUUUAAGAAAUUGAAAUUCAGGGCUUAAUUCAGGUUCUGGUUGUGCACUUUUUCACACGGACUUUACAAUUCCGAAAAGUAAAACUCUGUCAAAAAACUACAUACACUCUUCUCUCGUUCAAGAUCAAAAACUAAGCGAUAAGGGUAUUUUAAGGCUCUAUUGUCUUUCACACGCGUGUCACUCAAAAAUGUCAGUUUUCAGAUGCUUACGUGACUUAUCAGUUUAAAUAGUAAGACGAUCGACGCUAAAUAGGUUCGAGGUUCACUUCAGAUUUCAAGGUCCUACAAAACUAGUUCAAAUUCAAAAAGUUCCGUAAUGUCACGCACGAAUUCUGUCACAGUUAGAAAGAAGCACUUGAGAGGAUUGGGGUCGUUACCUCAACUUUUAGACGCUCAACUUUAAGUCUAGCACUUUCAGUUGAGAUUAUACAUUCUUUCCUUAGCUAUACAUUGCAUAUCGACUAAGAGUAAGACAAAAAUCGCUAAUGAUGUCUUUGGCUGAUUCUUUCAGUGGACGGUCUCUUAGAGGCUGAGCACGAUAGUGCGAGGAAGCGGAAGCUAGCUGAGAACCAUGCAGGUAAUAAAUAAACAUUCAAUUUUUAAAAUGUUCUUCUUUAUUUAAAGCUGACCUAUUCCACUCUUUACUUCACUUUGAUUUUAAUGAGUCGCCUCACCAAUGCAAUCCGGGAAGUCUUUUGCUCGUGGAUUUCGGAAUUUUGGGCUUUGGAUUCUGGAAUUUAACUCUUGGAUUCCGGAACUCAGCCCCAGGAAUCCGUAAUCCCGCAGCAAUUGGAAUCCGUAAUCCAAGUUCAACUGACAAGGAAUCCGGAAUCCAGUAUGUGGAGUCCAGAAUUCACAGCGUGAAUCCAGGAUCAAAGACUUUCUUGGAUUACCUUAUAUGGGGCGAAAUGAGCAAAACAUUCAUCAUGAGACGCGUACAGCGCCGCUUAUGCGCCUGACAGAGUUGACUUUAAGUCAGUUUAUUCUUGUGUACGUAAUCACAGUCUAUUAAAAGAAGGAAAUGUGCUAGUAAAUCCACCCAACUCAAACGCAAAUAUGCUGUUGUCGGCCUACAGCUAUUUUGAUUAACGUUGCAGCAGGAAAGUCUUUGCGAUGAGAUCGCAAAUAAUAUGGGUAAUUCCAUAUAAAAUUUACCAAAUUCUGAAGAAGGUAAAAUUUUGUGACAUUUCAUAUAUACUAUUCUGUGGCACUGUCAGCCGCGAAUGGAUGACCAAAUUGCAAAGAAUUUACAUGCAGCUACCCACAUGACCUUGCAGUCUUGUGGAGUACGCAUGAGACCUUGACGUCCGACAAGGUUAACUGAAAUAGAUGUACAUGAUGUGGCCCGCGUCUCAACCAACGAUUUUCUUCAACAGGUGCUUCUUGCGAUGACCAGAUCUCACGACAAACCAAAAGGGGAAUGUAUUCUGACCACUUAUCUCAGCAAAACGAAUCCAUAACCCAGCAGCAUCUUGCAGGUAUCUUUCUCUAACAACGCACUGAAAUUGUGACACCUUUUGAAGAAACCAACAGUAAUACCCCUAAAAUGCUCAAAAUUGUGCGGUAUGGUAAAGUUUUCUGCUUUAAUAAAGCUUCUUUUUAUUUAGGAAAAACCAUAGACGCAAAACAGCUUUGAUUUGCGUUUGUCAUGAAUACAUUCACUCAUCAAACAGAGAGUGAAAACGGAGAGAGUGACUAAUUUUCGUGUGGGGCUCGCGUGCGACACACGGCGUCCACGGCGCUCUGUGUCUAACGAGCAGCGUUUAAUUUUCUCAAAGAAAAAUACUGUUUGGCAGUCUAGGAAAAAAAUGAGCCUACCACAAGCCAUUUUAACAUAGAAAAUAGACCUUCCCACGUAUUUUAACAGUUUUGAUUUGGACCAUUUGGCUGGAAAGAAGACCUUAAAAUCACUUGCUGAGUUAAAGAGUGAUUUGGUUAAAACUAACCAACAUAUAGCUCCAAAAAGACGCGAAAUUUUAAAGACGUUUCUAUGGAAGAGAGCAAGUUCAUGCCCCCCACCAUACAAAAGUCUGUAUAAAAUUUCGGGACUUUGUCACGGUUGAAGAAUAUCUUCGCUCGCUCUGAACGUAUCGCCUUUAAACAAGGUAAGUUUUAAGGCGCUCUCCAGUAGUGUAGUGUCGAUGGAUAAUUGCUUACUUAAAAUCUUGGAAGGGUCUAUUAAGUGCAAAUUACAUAAACGACGUAAAGACAAACCUGUGUUGGGUUUUGUAAAUAUUCCUUCACGUAAUUCAUGCUUCUUCUUAAUUAAGAUCGAGAAUCAUUAUAGUUAUCCUAAAAAGGUCGUCUAUAUCGAUCUUCAGCUCGUUCGUUUUGCAACGUUACAAAAGCAUAAAAGCGUAUCGUAGACGAUAUACAGAGCGUGGACGGCUUGUAUGACAGUAUAAUAAAACCAAAUCGAUCUUAUUUUUUGGAUCUUGUAUUUCUCAGGGGUGCCAGCUAUCAUAGAAAGGAUUCGUCAGCUUUACAAACGUCGUGAAGGACGGCUGGUACCAUUUCCAUGGUGUGAUGACCUUAAUUUCAACUUGAAUGAGAUUUUUACCCGACUGAAGAUCGUGAACAAAGAAAAAACGCGGGGAACAUUGACGGAUGAUGAAAUCACCAACAUGACUGCUAUCUUUAGACCCCACCCUGAUUGCCCGAAACCACGGAUUCUUUUGAUCGAAGGAGAACCUGGCAUGGGAAAAACCACCUACUCACAAAAACUGGCGUAUGACUGGGCAAAUAAACAAGAUGAAUGGGACUCGUCUUUUCCAUCAAUUGAAGUGCUGCUCUUGCUUAGAUGCAACGAUGUUAAAUCUGGCAUCUGGGAAGCUAUUGACGACCAACUUCUUCCUGAUGAUAUUGACGAACAGGCUAAGGAGAAUUUUUUCAAAUACAUCCGAGAAAAUCAGGCCAAAUGUUUGCUACUGCUUGAUGGAUUAGAUGAGGCAGAUUCCUUUAAACUGGACAUGUACUACUCGCUCGUUCAGAGUAAACUCCUCCCAGCUUGUCACAUUGUCAUUACAUCUCGCCAUGAGGUUGGAAAGAAAGUAAGGCCAUACUGUGACGCCCUGUGGGAGAUUGUAGGAUUUACUAAAGAGGAUGCGAAAAGUUUUAUCAGAAAGUAUUUUAAAGGCAAGGAACACUGGGCUGAGAAGCUGAUUGAACGAUUGACACUUCCAGAGUAUGAUGAUGAUCCACUUAACACGCUAGGCGAGUUAACAAAAAAUCCACUCAAUACAGCUUUACUCUGUUGUCUUUUCGAGGAUUUCGAAGGUGUUCUUCCAACAAGCAGGACUGAGUUGUACGUUGAAAUAGUUGCCUUUGUUUUGAGAAGAUACGAAGUAAAAAACGGACUUAAAAGCAGCGGUGAGGACUUGAUUUCAGGUUAUAAGAAAGAACUUUUGCUUUUGGGCAGGUUCGCGUUAGAAUCCCUGCUUAAAGGAGAGUUGUACUUUGAAAAGAAGGAAGAUACCGUCAAGCUUAUCAAUUUUGGAUUCUUGUCUUUUCAACAAGGUACCGCCAAGCGCAAACCUUCCGCGCGCUGUGCAUUUUUACACAAAAGCUUUCAGGAGUUUUUUGCUGGCCUUUUCCUUGCGUUUCAGGUUAUCAGCAAAGAAAGAGACUUAACCUCAGUUGUAGAUGAUAAUAGAUACUUGGAUAAACUGAGACAGGUCUUUUUGUUCAUGAGUGGCAUUAUAGCCUCACGGAGUGAGGAAACUGCAAUAUCGUUCUUUAUUGUUAUUGCUAAAAAAAUCAACUCUGCCGAAGACCGUAAAUCAUAUAUGAGUUUAGCUUGUGAGUGUUUGUUGGAAUGUUCAAGUGUCCAGGACAGCCUUCAAAAUUGCUUAGUUUGUAGUUUAGGUAAGCACCUUGACAUGUCGUCCCUGACUGAAGUAAAUUUUAGCGACACAGGGAUACACGAUGCUGGUGCUGCUGCGAUUUCCAUGGCCCUCACAGUAAACUCCUCCCUGACUAGUUUGAAUUUAGGUGGUAACAGUAUUGGCGACGCCGGUGCUUCUUUUCUUUCUCAAGCCCUAACAACAAACACCUCCCUUACUAUCUUGUAUUUAGAUGGUAACAGUACUGGCGACGCCGGUGCUUCUUCUCUUUCUCAAGCCCUAACAACAAACACCUCCCUUACUAUCUUGUAUUUAGGUGGUAACAGUAUUGGCGACGCCGGUGCUUCUUCUCUUUCUCAAGCCCUAACAACAAACACCUCCCUGACUAUCUUGUAUUUAGGUGGUAACAGUAUUGGCGACGCCGGCGCUUCUUCUCUUUCUCAAGCCCUAACAACAAACACCUCCCUUACUAGCUUGUAUUUAGGUGGUAACAGUAUUGGCGACGCCGGUGCUUCUUCUCUUUCUCAAGCCCUAACAACAAACACCUCCCUUACUAGCUUGUAUUUAGGUGGUAACAGUAUUGGCGACGCCGGCGCUUCUUCUCUUUCUCAAGCCCUAACAACAAACACCUCCCUGACUAUCUUGUAUUUAGGUGGUAACAGUAUUGGCGACGCCGGUGCUUCUUCUCUUUCUCAAGCCCUAACAACAAACACCUCCCUUACUAGCUUGUAUUUAGGUGGUAACAGAAUUGGCGACGCCGGUGCUUCUUCUCUUUCUCAAGCCCUAACAACAAACACCUCCCUUACUAUCUUGUAUUUAGAUGAUAACAGUAUUGGCGACGCCGGUGCUUCUUCUCUUUCUCAAGCCCUCACAACAAACACCUCCCUUACUAUCUUGUAUUUAGGUGGUAACAGUAUUGGCGACGCCGGUGCUUCUUCUCUUUCUCAAGCCCUCUCAACAAACACCUCCCUUACUAGCUUGUAUUUAGAUGGUAACAGUAUUGGCGACGCCGGUGCUUCUUCUCUUUCUCAAGCCCUAACAACAAACACCUCCCUUACUAGCUUGUAUUUAGAUGGUAACAGAAUUGGCGACGCCGGUGCUUCUUCUCUUUCUCAAGCCCUAACAACAAACACCUCCCUGACUUUCUUGUAUUUACGUUAUAACAGUAUUGGCGAGGCCGGUGCUUCUUCUCUUUCUCAAGCUCUAACAACAAACACCUCCCUUACUAUCUUGUAUUUAGAUGGUAACAGUAUUGGCGACGCCGGUGCUUCUUUUCUUUCUCAAGCCCUAACAACAAACACCUCCCUUACUAGCUUGUAUUUAAGUGUUAACAGUAUUGGCGACGCCGGUGCUUCUCUCUUUCUCAAGCCCUCACAGUAA